AUGGCCAAAAUUCUCUCCGUUCACCCCGUCAAGUGGGAGGGGAUGAAGAACCACUGGUGGCAGUUUUUGAUGAUUGGAAUUUUACUGGCUUGCAUUACCAUUGGAGUUGGAAACCUUCUAUGGUCUGCUGUCGCAAGAACUAUUCGAUACUACAAGUCGCGCCCAAUCCCGGAUAAGGUUUCUUCACAUGUCGCCAAACGUCUUCAGAAAUUGGAGAACCGAGAACUGAGUUUGGUACACACUUCGACGCCCUCACAAAAGCCCUUGUCAUUUGGAGUAUACCUGGGAAGCUUCAACCAGCCGCCGACUGCCUCUCAAGAAAGACUGCUGUCCCAGUGGGAUCUUUUGAUUGUCGACCCAUUCCAGGAUGGUGUUGCGGAAGGCAUUUUAAAGUGCAAUUGCAAUCAAGUACUGGGCAGGCUGGAUCUUGCGCAGGUCCAUUCUUCAAAGGAAUCAGUCGUGAGCGCAAUCGAGAAGAUUGAAGGCAUCCUUGCCAACAACUUCAAUGAUAGCGCCUUCUCCGGUAUCUUGUUCGCCAACUGGGAGGAAAUUUUCACCCCAUCGGUCCAGGCAAAACUCUUUGAGACAAUCAGUGCCCUCGGUCUGGCUGUUUACUUGGAAACGCAACCACCAACUUUCUUGAAAAACAGAAAAGCCUUACAAAAUGGAGCUAUCGCUGGACUGGUUAUUCGCAAUGCCAGUAUCAUGCCAGAUGGUGAAAAGCGCGACUAUUUCCAAAUGGAAAAACUGCAAUCGACCAUCAAAGCAUUUGUCUCCGAGGCAUGCAUGAGAGACUUUGUAGUUCUGGCCUGGGAGACAGUCAACGACGAUGUUGCUCUGUCGAACGCCAUCGUCCGCCGGUCUAUUCAGUGGUGCAGCUUCUACAGCGCUAUUUCUUGGAUUGGCCCCGAGGCCUCUCUCAGAGAUUCUGACCUAAAUAUUCCGACUCUCGAGCCUCUUCCGGCUUUUGGCUGGCUCAAGGAAGCCGAGAUCAUGAAAACGCAUGAGACAUGGCGCUCCAACCGUGAAAUUUCGACAUCUUCUGGUGUUCAAACCGGGUGGGAUACGCUUCGACCACUUUUCCCUGCCGUCGAUGGUUUGCUUGACUCGGAGGAGAGCGAGACAAAUUCGCCACUCAGCCCUGUCCUCCGACUCAGAGACCCUCCAGAAUGGGUAUCGCAGGUCAAGUCGCAAGGCAGCCCAUUGUCUGUUUCUAUGUCUGGACAAGAGUAUACCAACAUGGGAUGCUUCCCUCUAGGAUCGGACCCCACUCCAAUGGCUUUCGCAGAGAUUCUUCAAUCCCAGCAACGUCUCAAAGGCCUGGAACUCCUUCAUCCCGUACCUGCAACAAAGCUACAAAGCAUCAGUCUUCUCUUCCGCAAUUUUCACGAGAAUCUGGGGAUGACAUGCGACGAUGUGCACCUGUUGUCUACUAUUCAAGAAUUGUCCGAUUCAGCAUCUGAUGGGUCACUGAGGAUUAGCCUUGCACUGGACUCUGGCCUCAGAAAGACAUCUGAUUCCCGCUUCUGGGCAGUCUAUGAACAGGAUGAGGAAAAGUUCGAGAUUUUUGUCUCCAAAAAUGCCCAGGGUCUGGCUGGAACCGUCCUGCAUACUUUCCUCUCUGCGAAAGGAUUUUCUCGCCACGUCAGCUGUGAAAUGGAAGUAGCCUUGGCAAGCUGGUCUGAGGAUCUGGCUCCAAACACCAACCUUCCCCGUCGAUUUGUUCAAGAUAUCGAUGCUCUCAGUCCGGAGGAGCGACUGCUUCUUCUGCAACAUCUGUCUCUUACCGAUUCUCACAGCGAACUGUCUGAGAAUAUAUGUGCCUACAUUCGCGAGCAGCUCUUGGAUGCACCCUCCUUUGCCCAGUUGAAGGAACUCAACACGGUGGGAUAUCUCGAAGGCUCCACAAGCCCUGAGGAGCUCAUCCGAUCGCGAAUUGCUUGGUACGAAGAGCAGGGUUGUUCGUAUCCUUCGCUCUCGGCUUCCCUUGAUCUAUUCCAUCAGGUCGAUCAGGUCUUUACGCGAGUACUGAAGCAGCACCGCGAAGACGAUCUGGCCGCUAUCACAUCAGGACUUUGCCAAUUGGUGCAAGAAGGCCAGAUCGAUGCCUACGCGGAUAUGAUAGCCCUCGCGCUUUUUUGUGCCGCCAGGAGAGACGCAUUUGACGAAAUUUAUGCCGAGGUCACCGACAGGAACCCAUUGUUCAACCUGCACUCGGACCAAGCCGCCGCAUUUGCAGAGUCAUUCGCUUUGGGCUCGCGUUGUGAAGCGUACUUCGGUGUGAAUCCCAGCGUCUUUGGAAAACUUCUAUCUGAUCGAUUCCGAGCCUACUAUUCCAAACAUCAACCUCCAAACUGGAUCAAUGGUGCUCCGCAGCUGGCAACAGCCUACGCUGGUGCUCAGAUCGAUGUGAACCCGGACGAUAAAUCCAAAGUCAUGCGAUCAUACCAGCGAUUUACGUUCUUGAGUGUUUUUGCCAUCCCGGCCCUGAUUGACAUCAUGUUGCUCACCCUUAUCGGACGAGGACUGUAUCUUUCUGCCUACAUGACGCAUUCAGAGCAGGAUAGUGCGACAAUGGCCUUGAUGAUUUCCCUGCUGCUUUCCGGUGCCAUCGGCACAUGGAUUGCCUGCGGUGGACCGUACUACCUUAUCUCAAUGGCCUUUGCUGCAGCCAACAUGUUUGUCUUGAUUCGGUUGAUUGCAGGCAUUGCCUUCACAGUCGCUGGAGGCUUGAUUGGUUUUAUCGGUAUCUCCAGCGCCAGAGGCCCUCGAGCGGGUAUCAUCUUCUAUCUCUACCUGAUUGGCUUCACCAUCUACUUUUCGACCUUCGCUUCCCUUGCAAGCUUCAGCUACCCCGGCUCCACAUUCCUGUCGGGCCGUAAGCCGAUUAUCUUCUGCAUUCCGAUCCUCUUCCUGGCACCUGUCAUCACUACUUUUGCUGGAAAUGAUUCGGCAAUUUACUUGGCUACCAUAUACCUCUUCAUUGGCGUUCUCCUUCUCAGCCUGCGAUCUACAACUUCCAAAUGGGUGACCUGGUAUGAAUCCAUCCGCCGCACCGAUGAUACUGAGAUUCGCAAGUGGUACAUCUCCGUUCAUGGAAACAACAAUGAGAAGGUCUUUGGCACCAUGAGUGACCCUGCUGCUCUCAAACUGGCACGAGAGGCUCUCUUCAGCGACAUUCAGGCCGAGAAGUCCCGCGGAAUUUUCUCCAAGCCAACCACUGAUAAGAUGGUCAAAGAACUUGCUCGCGACUGGGACUCAACCAACUUCCUUUUGGAUUGGUACUGUCGCUAUGCAGACGUCCCCCGACCAAUCCCGUUCAGCUCUGGAUGGAACAUCCAGACCAAGGUUGCUCUCGAUGUCCUACGUAACUCGCAAAAAGGCCUUCGUCUACACAAUGCUUUCGUCCACUGGCGUCAAUCCAGCAAGGAGAUUGGUUGUGGUGUCCUGUACUUUGUUAUUGCCCUGCUGGAUAAGUGGAUUCAAUUACUGAGUGGCGAUCGUCUCCUGGGAUUGACAGCCUCUUUGACUGAUGCGAAUCGCAUGGCUGUCGGGUUUGCGCUGGCCUAUUAUCUUAUUGGUGCUGUACUCAUCGACACCAAGGCUCAAGAGCUCCACGAAGCCAUUGGUGGAGAUACACCAGCUGCCGUCAAGUUCGCAAAGGACAUUCGUGCCUCGCAGAAGAAGAGCAUCCAAUUCCGGCGGAAAGUCUACUGGCGUGUCCUGUUCAGGUUUUUGCUAUGGCACGUCUGGAGUCUGGCCCUUUCAACUGCUCUCAUCUGGACAUUCCAGUCAUCGUUGGAAGCCAUGGUUGUCUUCUUCUCCUACGUUCUUGCCUACAGCGGUCUCAUCUGGUACCAAUAUACCAAGAUUUUCACCGGACCUCAUGCCCUGAAGCCUCUCUUGACUGGUAUCCUUGUCGGAUUGCCCGUUGGAAUUGCCCUCAAGGUCAGUUUCCCUAGCUUCCUGUACUCGCAGAUCAUUGGUCUUGGAGUUGCUACUUGGAUUGUCGCCAUUCUUUCUCUCUUCAAUGCCAAAAUGGGCAUGCCUCACAAAGUCGAUUCUCCCGUUGAAUUGGGAAGAACUUUCCAUGCCUUUACUACGCCAUGGGCAGACCCUGAUUGGUCCCAGCAAGAGCUUCAGAGCUACUUUGAGAACAUCUCUCUUCUUCCGGCCGAUUCCCGCUUCAAAGUCGAUCCGAAUCUCCACCCAGGAAUUGAGAUCAAGACUGUCAUGCUUACUCGCAGGCAAGAACUUCGAAUCCAUGAAGCCUUCCCCAACUCCAAGGAAAUGAUUGAACAGGCUAUUGCAUUGUGGGAACGCGGAGACAUCUGUCUUGAGCUUGUCCCACACGGUUCCAUGGGACCCGGUAUUCGGGCCUUGAGCUGCAGCACUGGCAAUCAACUGAAGGUGGCGAUUAGCGUGAGGGGCUUACACGAUGAGCGACUUGACGUCAGCGCCAACUGUCAGAUCAUUGCGGAGACUCUGGUCCACUCUGUCGCCGAGAUGGUCAUGGGUAUUCCUCACGAGUAUGCGGCUCUGUCCGAGGCGAUUAUCUCGGGUGGAGUUACUCACACCAUGGCCCGGCUACUGCGCGAAGAGGCCAACACCUCUCUCGUCGUGCAGUGGGCUAAAAAGGAGCUUCUCCGACAGUUGUGCCUUGGAUUUGAAGCAGACAUUCACUGGGACAAGCUGCCCGUGGAGGUACGAAAAGUCCUUCUGAGCCGCUGUGUCGGACAACAAUGUGACCUACCGGAGAGUCAACGCCAAUGGCUUCAACAGAGUCUUUGCCAGUUUGACACCAAUGACCUUGACAUUCACGUUGCGAGAUGCAAUCUUGGAGCGGCUAUGGCGAUCAGUAUCCUCGACUAUUCGCACUAUGGUACUGGCGAGGCCGCUAUUCCCAAGGAGCCCGAGACUGCCGAAUUCAUCUCUUACGUUCCUCGGAAGCUACCAUUGCCUUUGACUUUGCUGAGAUCCCCCUUUAGCUACAUCUACCACAAGGCAGGGUCUGUUGUCAAGUUCGUGGUCAUUGCUAUGGUCGCCGAUCCCGAAUUCCAAAGAGAAUUCGAUCACGUCUCCAAGAGACUACCGACAGUCGUCCGCGUUCCAACUGUCUUCUUGCUCAACAUGAUCUGGGUCUAUGCUAAGAUUAUGCAAGACUUUGGGCUAUCUUUCUUCCUGUUCCAUGGUCGCAAGAACGUCAAGCUACUUUGGGAAGAAACCAAGGGAAUGACCAUUCACAUCAAGAAGAGCAGAGUCAUCAUCCAAGGACUUGACGGGACCUUCACGGCAUUUAGGCACCAGGAAACUGAUGGAGGCUUCAAAGUCUACCAAUACGCUGGCGAGCACAAGACCGAGCCCAAAGACAAGGAAGCAAGAACGCUCAAGUAUGUCAGCAGCUAUUCCAGCGAAAUGCUGCUUCUCAUCAAGCAAGAGUUCAAAGACGGAAAACUGCUCAAUGAAUACCACUACGACUAUCAAGCACCGGUCAAGAAGGGUCUCAAGCUCAGCAAGUCAUCCAAUGCGCGCAUGCCCCUUGGUCGACGAUGUGUCCAAGGCGAAAACCACCUGCAAAGCAUCCAGUACAACUCCAAGGGCCUUGUUGACAAGGGUUCAUACAUGAAGGAUGGCAAUCUUAUUCGGUUCCAGUACCAUUAUCGCAAGAACCCACGCUUUGGAGAUGAACUGCUUCGAGCCGAGUUCUCGUUGUCCCACAUCACUUGCAAUGUCUCAUGGUGUGCACCUCCGCGCCGUCACCGCGACAAGGAGCAUCGUUGGAUUCCUCAUACCAAGGUUACCGAGGCCACCUUCGUUCAACAGGCCAAUGGUGAUGUGUACGAGAGUCGCUGGCUCUAUGAUCACAAGUUCCAUCCGACCAUCUUCACCACCAUCAACGGAAUGAAAGUCCAAACGCCGCCUAUGAUCGAGCACGAUUACCUGGGGGUUCUGGCUAAGCCGAACUAUACCAGCUUCGCGCAUGACAAUCCCUUCUUCUACGUUGACAGCCUCCGUUCGAAUGUCUUCACCCGCCUUCUUGGGCUGAACAAGAAGCGCUUCAUCGUGUCGACAUCUCGAUCUCGCUCUCUGAUGUGGAAGGCAUGGAAGGACCGUGUUGACCUUGAUGGAAUCAUUGUUCGCUGGAUGGAUGACCGUAUUCUCCGCAAAGAUGAGGUGCUUGCUCCUUACUGGCGCAGUCGCGAUUGGGGAAAUCUCAGAGCCGCAAGGAAGUAUAUGGAGCUUCGUGCCGAUGCAGUCAUGGCGAGUGCAGACUUGGACAACAAUAUCUCCAGCUGGACACCUCUCGCAGUCAAGAUUAGUGAUUUCUUCAACUUUGGUCCCGGUGGUGAUGCAGUCGUCACCACUCGAUCCAAGGAAGUCAGUUCUGAUACCGACAAGACUCUUCACGUCAUGGCGGCAGACAACGGUACCUGGCCCAAUGAAGGUGGUGGUGUCUCUGCCUGUCGACGAGACAUGAUCAACUCCCUGCGUACCAUCAAGUGGCAUAUGAUUUGCGAGUCUGCGAAUGACUUUGGCAUUCCCAAGCACCAGACGGAGAGGAACAUCCAGUCGCUGAAGGUGAUUCCCCUCUGGGGUAUGGACUUCUUGACACCCACCCACGGUCUGUUCAGUAACAAGCUUGAUUCGGAGGUGGACAAUGUCACUUCCGCCAGCGAGUUCGACAUCAAGAUGAACUUCAUUCCUAUUCUCACGGCUUUGGUUAAGGGCGCACGAGCAGUCGAUCUCUCAAAGGCGGAUAUUCACCAGGCAACUCGAGCUCUCGUGAAUCUCAACACAUACUUCCAGGAAUCUCGUCACUGGUCGCAAGUCUGGAACAGUGAAAUGGUCAAGCAGAGCUGGCGGGAUCUCUGGCUCACUCAAGAAAUGCCCAAUACCAUCCCAUCAUCUGAAUGGUUUGACACUGAGCUCCCCACCUUGUCGACUCUUGAUGUUGCUUUGGAGCUAUGGUACCGUUACCUCUUCAUCUUCUCCAUCCCUGUCCCAGACAAGAUUCCGAACGUCUUCCAGGCAUCCCACCACAGCGUCAGUGCCUCUUACGGUGUCGUGUGUAAGAUCAAGCGCAACUGCACCUUACAAAUCUGGGAUCAUGCCAUCAGUUGGCGAGAGACUAAUCUUUGUCUUUCGUCUGCUCUCUGCAAGCUCUCACCCUUUGUCCGGAAUGCCCUUCUGGGUCUGAUGCGCAUCACCUCCGUUCUGACUCUCCACCAUGCGGAUAUCAUUCUUCCUUGUGCGGACUUCUUUAACCCAGGCUGGGAAGUUGAGAUCGGUACUUGCCAGGGAACUAUUGAGCAUCGUAACACGUUCCGUCGCAAGGUUGACCCGGUUGUUAACGGUAUCACCGACAUGCAGAAGUUUGCUCCUGUGAAGGAGAUCAAGUCUGAGCGUCCGACCGUGACCAUGCUUUCUCACGUGUGGUAUGCUAAGGAUAUCAAGACUGCACUUCUGGCCGCCGAUAUCAUUAUCAACCAGUGGAAGUUCGAUGACUACCAUCUUGACAUUUACGGUGCCAUUGACAAGGCUCCCACGUACUCCACUGAAUGUCAGGAGAUCAUCGCUUCCAAGGGUCUUCGCGGCAGAGUCACAUUGCGCGGAACGGCUGAUCCCAUGAAGGUGCUCGAAAACACCUGGCUGUUCCUGAACUCCUCUCUGUCCGAAGGUCUUCCUCUGGCUUUGGGUGAAGCAGCUCUCACCGGAGCACCUGUUGUCUGCACAGACGUCGGUGCUUCGCUUCGUGUGCUCAGUGACCCAGAUGACUUCUCACGCUUCAGCGCCGUAGUCGCACCCAACGAUGCCCAAGCUCUCGCAAAGGCCCAAAUCUCCAUGCUCGCCAUGCUUGGAGAAUGGAGCCAAUACAGCGAUGACAAUAGUCCCGCGCCUAUCCUCACCUCAGUACCCACUCCAGAAGAGGUUGAACUCAUCACUCGCCGCAUGUACGAAAAGAGCGAACAACGACGCAAACUAGGCAUGAUGACUCGAAAGAUCGUCCAGAAAUCCUUCAGCGGUGACCGUUAUCUCCGCGAGCACGAACAGAUGCUCUGGAUCGGCAAGUCAGCCAAGAUGAUGGCCAGCCGCGCCGCCGGCGAGCCAGUCGAGCCCUCAGACAUCGCCGCAGCCGUCGGACGCUCAGGAGCAGUGGAAGAGGAAAUCAUCACCAUCCCACCAAGCGCAGUCUACUCCUGGCGAUCGUCAGCAGCCUCAAACAUGUCCACCGUCUACAGCUCCGUUUCCAACUUCCCCCUGCAAGACCGUCGCACUCGCGCUGUCUCCAGCAUUUCCGCCCUCAGUCUCAGCAAUCUCUCCACAGACACCGAAUCCCACGCCCGUCUCCCUGUCUUUGCACCUCGCCUCUCCAUGCUCUCCGCCGGAGGCUCUCCUGGCAGCCGCUCCCCUGGCCUUGUCCCCCCGCAGAACUUCCGUGUGUCUCUGGGAGGACCGCGUCGGCCGCAGUCCUUCGCACGCUCCAUCUCGACCGCUGGUCGGGAACAGGUUCGUGGUCUACACCGUGAGGAUCUCAUGCAGUAUCGCAACUCGGAUGUUAGUACGAUCAUGCGGGAGGACUUUUUGAAGUCUGGCCAUGUUUUCAGCCAUUAG